UAUCAGGCAACGCUCACACAGAGAAACAGAGAACAGAAGAUUCUCGAACAUUCGGAUGAGAAGAAAAUACAAACGUCGUUUAAGCGAAGAAAAACGUGUCUCGGCACUACUGCGACUGUGAGCUGUGAGUUUUCCGUAACAAAGCAUCUACGAAAUUCAUCGGACGCGAAUAAGUACAUUCGUUCGAAAGUCGGCGCGUGUGUGUUUUGCGAGCAAGUGCUACCAUAGCAUCACGUUUUAUCUCGACCGGGUGUUUCUAACCCCUCCGUUACAACAUACUCGUCUAUUCGUCAUUGAACACGGUCGGAAGUUGUUUUAGUGAAAAUGGCCACUCCAGAAGCCAAGCAACUGGCACUAAAGGAAAAGGAUCUCGGCAAUGCGGCGUACAAAAAGAAGGAAUUCGACACGGCACUUCAACACUACCGCACGGCAUUGACGCAUGAUCCGACGGACAUAACAUUCCACAACAAUAUUGCGGCAGUAUACUUUGAACAGAAAGAGUUCCAAAAAUGCAUCGAAGAGUGUGAAAAGGCCGUUGAGGUAGGUCGUGAAAACCGGGCGGACUAUAAGCUUAUCGCGAAGGCUUUCACCCGCACUGGCAAUGCAUACCGCAAGUUGGAAGACUACAAAUCCGCCAAGACCUACUUCGAGAAGUCACUGUCGGAGCACCGGACGCCCGAGGUGAAGUCGUUGCUUAGCGACACGGAGAAAAAGAUCAAGGAGAUGGAGAGACUAGCCUACAUAGAUCCGGUCAAGGCAGAGGAGGAGAAGGAAAAGGGUAACGACUAUUUCAAGCAGGGUGACUACAGUACAGCUGUGAAGCACUACUCCGAAGCCAUAAAGCGCAAUCCGGACGAUGCGAAACUGUAUAGUAAUAGGGCCGCCUGCUACACAAAGCUGGCCGCGUUCGAUCUGGGUCUGAAGGACUGUGAAACAUGCUGCCGGCUGGACGAAACAUUUAUCAAAGGGUGGAUUCGCAAAGGCAAGAUUCUGCAGGUGAUGCAAAAGUCGUCGGAAGCGCGCACAGCAUACCAAAAAGCCUUAGAGAUCGAUCCGAACAAUGCGGAAGCUCUGGAAGGAUACCGAGCAUGCACCUUGGCCGUACACGCAGAUCCGAAGGAGGUGUGGAAGAAGGCCAUGCAGGAUCCGGAAGUACAACAAAUCAUGAAAGAUCCGGCAAUGCGUAUCAUUCUAGAGCAGAUGCAGAACGAUCCAAAGGCGGUACAAGAACAUCUCAAGAAUCCUCAGGUAGCUUCCAAAAUCCAGAAACUGCUUGAGUCUGGAAUCAUUCAAAUCUACUGAAGACGCUUCUCGAAUGUGGAUCAUCGGAAGGGUUAGGGCAAAACAACAAACGUGAGGCGUUGUCUCUCGUCACUCUUCCACCGCCAGCCAGUCGAAAAUAUCCUUAAAGUUAAAAGAGCGGGAGAGCGAAUGACGAACGAUUGGAAAGAGCUUGAAAACAUAGUUGAAUGAUCGGUAGAGGAAGAGAGAGAGUGAGAGAGAGAGAGAGAGAGAGAGAGCGCGCGCGAAAGAUCGAGAAUUUUCCCGAUGGUGAAUUUAUAAAUCGUUGCGCGCCGCUUGCAGCAGUCCGUUUUUUUCUAAGCUAUGUCGCAAAGCCAGCUCAAUGUUCUCUAAUUUAGUUAGUACCCUUUUGGUUUUGAUUCACGGAAUCCAACCGGUUCAACCGUAAUUAACCACACUUUCGGACCGUGCCGAUUGUGUGCGCUCGGCACAAGUUGCGACGGAAUGUGUUUUGUUUUGAUUCCACCCGUUUCCUUACCGGCACAGCAAUGCGCGGCACCAUUAACUACACGACACUCGAUUCAUACACUAUUAGUAACGCAUUCAGAAUUGCCUAAGAACAACGGUUAAUAAUCCGACUAAGCAUUAGGGUACGUACGUAAGCAUAUUACUAGUAGUGCCGUAGACAUUAAACAAAACAAAACAAGAGUGUAGCAAGGGGAGCAGGGGCGCGUGUGUGUGUGGUGACCAGGAAUUUGCAUACUAAGUGGUUGAUGAUUAUCAAGCGAAAAUUGAAAAUAAAACAUUUCUGCAACGUAAUAACUUUAGCAGUAUAUGAUCUUACAUCACAUAAGCGUUUUCUUUCUCGCCAAAUCGUAAAAAUUAUUUGAUGAUAAAAUGGUACAGUACUAAUACUUGUAUUAUCCAGGUCUGCGACGUAAAUGAUCCAUUCAAUUUCUUGGUACAAAAUCAACUCAAGAACGUAAACCAUACGAUACAGGUCCGAUUUUAGUUUAGAUCCGACGACAUCGAUCGAACCGCAUGAACGUUCCCGACGAUUCUUCACGAAAGAUCUAAGAGACUCUGGGUAAUGGUUUUUUGUACGGUCCGGAAAAACACUCAAAAUCAAUCAUUCAGAUCAAAGAUUCAUUCCAAAUCAAGAAUCUGAGUCAGAUUCUGCCAACACUACUUAGAACCGAACUAAGAAAUUAAAAUUAAAAAAAAAGAACAUCUCAUGUUGGUGUUCUCGAUAAAACUACGACCAGCCGUGUAAAAUUCACGAGAAAAUAAAAAAAAACAAACGCUCCAUAACUAAAUGUGUCACCUAAUAAAUAUUAAAUAGUAUUUUUCUUUAUUUUACGACUUUUUGAAACAUAGUUAGCGCAUAAACUUGCAUUUGUUAUACAUGUGUAUGCAUGUAUAUAUGAAUCGCGUCUGCUUUCGCUGCGGAACUACACUGCUACUUUAUAAUUUCUACUGCUACAGAUUGGU